AUGGAGGAGACGCAGUACGUCAAUGCCAAAGCUGCCCGCGCGUCCUACCGUCCGAACAACUUGAUGUCCCCGGGCCUCAAGCGUGCGCGCGAGCCUUUCCGGCUGCGCAACGCCCUCACCGGCCUCUUGCUCACCGGCUUCGCCGUCGGCGUGUACGCCUACUCGAUGAGCGCGGUCAAGCAGGACGUAUUCGACGAUGUGGACGAGGAGGCGCGCGUCCUCCUCGCUGGCUCAAGAGCCCAGGACGCGGCGGGAGGAGAGGGCUCCGCGGUAGCGGCCGCCGCUCCCAAAGAGACCCCAUCGUCACCAAAAUCUAUCCCCUCUCCCCCUGCGAUCGUCGGGAAGAAGCGAGGGGUGCUCUAUGCGUGGCUCGGGGACCGUCAUCCACGGAUAUUGGAUCCAAGCACCGGGAGCUUCCUCUGGGGCGCGCCCCCGGUGGACAACAUCGGGUGGCUUGGGGAAAGGCGCGGCGAGUAG